UUGUUUCGUCACAGGCAAAAGUGGCGUGUACAAACAGAUUUUCACACUUCUUGCUGAAACUUCGGUGAGGCAAGACGUACAUACUUUGCAACUGCGAAAAGAAACGAAAAAUAAGCUAGAACAAUGCCCGAAAGUCAUAAAAAUUCUCGCAAGCGGACUCGAAGAGAAAGUGGCGAAUCUCUUCGUCCGCCAGAUAAGAAGGCCAAACAGCCACCCGGCACGUCCGCAAACUGCCCGCUAAACGAGACGAGGGUUCCAUCCCCUGCGCUCGAAGUGACCGUCUCCACGGCGGCUUCGACUCCACGGCAAAGAAAGCGUAGGGCGUGCCCAAUCGAUGUUGCCAUCACGGAUGAAGAGCUUCGCCGGGAGUAUUGUCUCGGUGCUGAGCUAGGACAGGGUGGUUACGGGAAGGUGGUCAGGGCCGACAAGAUUGUACGAUGGAGACGGUUCAAGCGACCAAAGACAGCUCCCGUCGCCAUCAAAUAUAUGCCAGACGACGCUUACGUCGCCAUGUCCAGAUUCAAGGAUCGCAUCAUUCCAACUGAGGUCCGCUAUCUGCACAAAUGCCAUCACGUGAACAUCAUAGAGCUCCUUGCACACUACACCAUGCUUGACAACGAACAGACCUCACGUCACGUGAUAGUGAUGGAACGGCCUGCGCAAUGCCUCGAUCUUUUUAGCUUCCUCGAGAUUCAGCCACAAGGACGCGUGAAGGAGAAGGUCGCCAGGAAGAUCUUCCGUGACGUGAUGAGAGGGGUUGACUACCUGGACAAGAGGGGAAUCCUGCACAAUGACAUCAAGCCAGAGAACAUCCUGCUGGAGGUUGAGCCCGCGGACAAAUCCUCUAAAAGGCCACGGUGUAGCGAGAGGAAGUCAGCAGCUUUUUCCUCCAUUGCUGGCCCAUCAGGCGAACACACGUCCGCCAGUGGAGCAUCCAGUAUCGAGCGUGCUGUUGCAAAUAUCCCUAAAGUCAUUCGCGCCAAACUCAUUGACUUUGGGUUCGCUACUGGUCGCAACGCAGACCCGAAAGUGUCCAAGUUUAGAGACGCGUCUGAGCUUCUCCAAAAGCUGCUCGAAAAAGAGGCGUUCUGGCGGACGAGCCUGGAGAGCAUCUCGCAGGAUCCGUGGCUCACAAGGGGCUAGACAGGGGGGCUUGUAUCUAGUGCCGUAGAAUUCACUAAACAGAUCUAGCUGAAGCAAGGCUGAAGUUUAGGAAAUGUGAGACUCUUCUAUAAACAGAUCUAGCUGAAGCAAGGCUGAAGUUUAGGAAAUGUGAGACUCUUCUAAAGGGUCUAGAUAUUCUAAUGUAAUAACAUCCUAGAAAAGCUAGAGUUGGUAGAGGAAGAGUCUUCCUCUAUCAACUCUGACAAAAGAGAAAGUUUUCCUAAAUCUGUAAAAUCCAAUGUACUUUGUCUUGUGUUAUUUCUGAAUUGUUUCUCUUUUUUUGAAUAUCGUUAAUGUUUUCUUCAUCACAUACUACAAAUUUAUGAAAACUCCUCUUAUGAUAUUCUAGGAAAUGAAAUUUUGCAAAUAAAAUUAAGUGAAAUGGCAAAAAAA